CAAUCAGCACGACGACUCCCACAUGGAGGGAUCCUAUAUGAACUCGACUCGGCAGAAUCCGCCCAAUGGCUCAACACCCCCGCCCACAGAGGAAAAUUUGCGGUCAACUUCGGCCCCAACGCUACCGUCAAAGACCGAUCCUUCAACAUAUUGGUUGAAAACGUACCCCUCUCCUACAACCCCAGCUCGAUACACUCCAACACAGAAGUCGAAGCAAAAGGAGGACUCAAACAGGGAUCAAUCACCAAAGCAAGAUGGAUUAAACCAAUCAAUCGCCGCAAAGCAGAUCAACGAACAGCACACGUCAUCAUCACCCUCAGAACCAAAGAAAGCGCCAACCAAAUCCUCCGUUUCGGUAUCUCAAUUGAAGGCAAGAAGGUCUAUGGCCGAAAACUCCUCCCGGAGCCAAUGCGCUGCCUCAAAUGCCAAUCUUACGACGUAUCCCACGUUGCAGCAGAAUGCACCCAGGAACACGACACAUGUGGAACAUGUGGGGCAAAACAUCGCACGGCAACAUGCAAAGUAGAUGAUCCUAACUACUAUCAAUGCGCUAACUGUGAUUGUCAGGGCCAUGCCUCAUGGAGUCGAGAAUGUCCCACCUUCGUCAACAAAUGGGAAAACUUCAAGAGCCGCUCCGAAGACGCCAAAUACCGAUACUUCCCAACUGAUGACCCACUCACCUGG